AUGGCGCCCCGGGAUCUGCGUCUUCUCCGUUGCUCCUCCUCGGCAGGGGAACUGCAUAGAAUUAGAGUCCCAAACCCUCCGUCUCCGUCUCCUUCCAGCAGCAUCAGCAAACUGGGAGGCGAUCUCCUCUUAGAAGUUGUAAUUCGCGUUCCGGACCCGAGGUCCGCCUUCCGCUGCAAACUGGUCUGCAAGCGGUGGAACUCUCUGAUCUCAGAUCCCUAUUUCAACCGCCGAUUCGUCUCCCAUCACCAGAGGAUGAACGAAGGAUACCCAUCGCUGCUUAUUCGCUCAAGGGAUCGCGAAUCCGUUAUCCUGAGCUUCCUCCCCUUGCCUUGUUGUUUUUACAAAGGGGCUUUCCGUGUUUUCGAUUGCUUCAAGGACUUGGUUCUGUGCGGGAUGUGGGUCUGUGAUCCCGGAAUGGGCAGGUCUUGGUUUGUCUGCAAUCCGUUUACCAAGCAAUGGGUUGCCCUUCCUCUAAUGCCUAAACGGUCGCGGGAGGAACGUGCUGGAAUGGUUGCGAGGUUCUUCCACCUGUUCCUCCUCCUGUCAAUGCUGUGCUGCUACCGCAUCAUCAACCGCAACCUGUGGGGACUUAUCUCAUCUCUCCUGUUUAUUGACAAGGGCAUUCAUUCAAUCAUGAUGCUAAGCUGUCUGUCUGUUGAAGCAGCUCUGCGGUCGAGUUUUGUGUUUCGUUUUGCAGGAACGGAUGCUAAUGCUCUGAUUAGCCAGCCAAGAUUGUCCAAAUUCAGGUUGCAACUGAACAUGAGAUGGUAA